GGCUUGUAUCCAGAAAUACCUCCGUUGCCGGUGUCGACGGUGUGAGCAGGCCGGGGUCCCCUCUGAUACAGUGACCCGUUGUGGUGACCUUCUCACAACUUCCACCACGCUGCCACCGUUCAACAACGAGCUCGACGAAGACGACGGUGUCAACCGCGCCCUCUUUUGCAGGCCAUGGCCUCCUCUUCGUCGUCUCAAGCGAUUAACUCUGGGGAUCUCACUGAUCUUGUCUCUUCUUCUACGUCUGCGACGGUCUAUCCUUCCGAUGACACCCUUCUUUCUGUUCUUCAGGCUCGCUUCCGUUCAGACUUACCGUACUCUCGAAUUGGCGCAUGCAAUCUCGUCGUCGUUAAUCCUUAUAAGACUUUGGCUAAUGUGAACGAUGUCAGCGCAAGGGAGUAUGAGGAAAAGUCCUACAAGGACACCAGCCUUCCUCUUCCAGGCACAUCCUCGCCGUUGCCACCGCAUGUGUACGACCUCGCGGCUCGCAUGUAUUUGCUAAUGCGCAGGAGAAAUGAGUCGCAAUCGGUCAUUUUCCGCGGCAUUACUGGCUCGGGAAAGACAGCCAAUUCUCAACUACUGAUCAACCAGGUUCUCCGGCUGUCAUCCCACUCGAAAAAGGAAGCCAGAAUUGCGGAACAAAUCGAAGCACUGACCCCGUUACUCGACUCGUUUGGCAAUGCGAAAACGCUUAUGAACCCGAAUGCGUCCCGCCAUGGGCGAUACCUUGAGUUGCACUUCAGCGAGCGAGGCCGCAUCAAGUCGGCCAAAGUACUCACGUAUAAUCUUGAGAAGUCACGGCUGAACAGGCUCACAAACGAAGAGCGCACAUACCAUGUGUUCUACCAAUUCCUGGCGGGGGCAACACCGGAUGAGCGCGACAAAUUCAACUUGGAGGACCCAUCAGAGUACGCGUUGCUCUCGUCAUCAGGCUGCUACCGGCUACCGUCGGGACCAUUCAGCGACGAUGCGACGGCGAUGGAAGAGCUUCGGGCGUCGAUGAAGGCACUUGGGUUCAAAGCCAAGAACAUGGCAUCGAUCUUCGGCCUAUUGGUAGCUAUCCUGCUUCUUGGUAACGUGCAGUUCGGAGAGGGGGAUGCUCGGGAUGUGUCGGCGUAUGUGUCGAACAUGCUGGUGCUGGAGCAGGUCGCUCGAUUGUUAGGCGUCUCUCUGGAGGAACUUGGAGAGACUUUGACAAACAAGACGAGCUACGUACGCAAGGAGCUGUACACGGUCAUGCUGAACGCAGAGCAAAGCUCGGUGCAACGUGACCAGCUCGUGCGCGACCUCUACGCCAUUCUCUUUGCCUACGUCGUCGAGAUGGCUAACCACCGGCUAGCGCCAAGUUCGCAGGAGCCACCCCCGCCAACGCAAAUCACGCUGCUCGAUCAGCCAGGCUUCCAGACUCGAGGUCCUGGCGGCACGACCUCGAUGAUGCUUGGUGGCCCAGCGCCACUCGUCUCCGCGUACGGACAGAACGGAUUCGAUGAGUUCUGCGUUAAUUUUGCGGAUGAGGUUGUACAUUCUUAUGUGCUCCGUAACAUCUUUGAGGACUCUGUUGGCUACAAUGGACAGAUCACCGGCGAUGGCGUUGCAAUUCCCACCAUCGCAACUAUGGAUAACUCUGCUUGCAUUGAGCUUCUCCGUGGUGCUCAGUUGAGCGAGCGGGCGCACCGCAAGCCUGGCGGCAUCCUCGGAGUUAUGAAUAAGGCCUCGUCCAACGCAAAGUCUGGGAAAGGCGGCGAGAAGCGAGACGAGGAGCUCGUACAGGACCUCGUCGCCAAGUUCGGCGUCCAUGCAUCUUUCGUCUCGCAUCCUAAUGGCCCUGACGCAAAUGAGAAGAUGAUGUUCGGUAUCAAUCACUACGCUGGUAGUUGCUCAUACGAGACCUCACAUUUUGUCGAGAAGGACGUUGAUCUUCUCGAUUCAGCUUUUGUCACACUCCUUCGAAACUCUUCAGAUCCUUUCAUUUCUAAGCUCAUGUCGGGCCCCAGUCUGGCCACUGAACGUCACUCCAAAGAUGAAUCUAUCAUUGUACAAGCUCAGGUGUCGUCUCAUCCUCUCCGUCACCCUACUCCUAUUGCGGCUUCGGAUGGUACCAUCCCUUUGCCAACCGAGGAACAUCCUCACCUCGACAAUUCGAAAGUCUACCCUGUCACUACUCAGCUCAACUACACUCUUUCCGAGAUCGCUGCUUCACUUGACCGCGCCCGUCUUUGGACAGUGUCAUGUAUUCGCCCUAACGACUCAGGAUCACCCAAUUCCUUCGAUAAGCGACGAGUCAAGAUGCAAAUCAAGUCCUUGCUUCUCCCUGAUCUGGUUGCCCGUCGUAAGAAGGAGUUCGUUGUGGACAUGGAACAUCUGACAUUCUGUGAUCGCUACGUACCCACUAUCGGAGGUUCGGAAUUAGAGCGUAUCCAGCAAUGUGCUAGAGCGAAUGGUUGGCAGGAGGGUGUCGACUAUGCAGUGGGACACCGAUCGAUCUGGUUGACUUACUCUGGAUGGAAGAUGGUUGAGGAUGUGAUUCGGGCUGUCGAGAAGGACGCGAAGAAAGCCUUGGGUGAAGAUGAUGAGAGCGUCAUGCCGGAUGAUGCCACGGAAUACACUCACCGCGACGGUGCAUCGCAGCAUGCUGGUGGUGGUUACUAUGGCGCAGGUGGUUCUGAGGACAACUUGCUGCUCACCCGUACUGGAACGAACGGGACAAAUUAUCUGGACCCAAACGCUGCAACUCCCUAUGGUCCUGGUGGUUUGUCUACCCCUCAUGUCAACACCCUCGGCGCCUCACCGGCGUACUCCGAUACCGAUGGACAGGGCUGGGGAUCUGAAUGGGACAAGAAGGACGACUAUCCUGAGCCUUCUCCGUCGAAAGAGGGCGGCAUGGUCGUCAAGGAGGCGCCUAAUGCCGUCGAGGAAGUCCCUACAACUCGUACGCGACGCAUAUGGCUAUGGGUUGUCUGGGGUAUGACCUGGUGGAUCCCCUCGUUUUUGCUGAGGACUGUUGGUCGCAUGAAACGUGUCGAUGUCCAAUUAGCAUGGAGAGAGAAGUUGACCAUUUUCUUGCUCAUCGUCCUCCUGAACGGUUCCAUCAUCUUUUAUAUCGCUGUGUUAGGUCGUCUUAUCUGUCCCGACUUUGACAAGGCCUGGACGGCAAACGAAGUGGCUCAGCAUACUGGCGAUGACGAUUUCUGGGUUGCGAUUCAAGGUCAAGUCUAUGACGUGUCAAACUUCAUUCAUGGCGAUCAUAGCGAUAUCACAGGCAUUGCUAGUAAUGGCGCAGACAGUCUGAGCGUUUUGGCCGGCCAGGAUCUUACGUUCUACUUCCCUCCUCCCCUUACCCUCGCCUGUCCUCAGCUCGUCACAAACCCCCUGCAGUCGCUGGUCUAUGCCAACUUUACUCCGGAAAUUCCCCAAGCAAUGCACACAUCCGGUGCCUUACAGAGUGCACAGAACACUAAGCUGGACGAUACGAAUUGGUACACGGCGACUUUCCUACCCAAGAUCAAGCAAUACCGUAAGGGUCCUAUGGUUUGGGACAAGAAGGAUAUCUGGGCCCAGUCACAUAGUGACGAUUCACCUAGGCUGCUAGCGGUCUGGGACAACUCUGUGUAUGAUCUCACUGACUACGUGAACACUAUCACCACUCGUCAAAGUCAAGCUGCGGACAUCUUCCUUGCAGCCGAUAUCACGGACUUGUUCAAACAACGAGCCGGCCAAGACAUCAGCAAGGAUCUUCAGAAGGUGCUCGACGGCAUGGACCCAACUCAGCGUGACCUAAACGUCAACUGUCUCAAAAACACAUUCUAUAUGGGUGACACGGACUUCCGGAAAAGUGCUCGCUGCCAAGCUCCAGGCUGGAUCCUGGUCGCAGCUUCCGCUGUUCUCAUGUCGUCUAUGGCUUUGAAAUUCCUCGCUGCACUGCAACUCUCCUCGAAGCGAACACCUGAGAUGUUGGACAAGUUCGUCAUCUGCCAAGUCCCGUGUUAUACCGAAGGCGAAGAGUCUCUGCGUCGUACCAUCGACUCCCUGGCCGCGCUUAACUACGACGAUAAACGCAAACUCCUUUUCCUCAUCUGCGACGGAAACAUUAUUGGUACUGGUAAUGACCGCACAACGCCUCGCAUCGUUUUGGACAUUCUCGGUGUCGACCCGAAGCUUGAUCCCGAACCCCUCUUGUUCAAGUCUGUUGGUGAAGGUUCCAGACAGCUCAACUAUGGCAAGAUCUACUCCGGUCUCUACGAGUUUGAGGGUCAUGUUGUCCCAUACAUUGUCGUUGUCAAGGUUGGCAAGCCUACCGAGCGCACGAAGCCAGGCAAUCGUGGAAAACGUGACAGUCAAAUUCUUCUCAUGCAAUACCUCAAUCGUGUGCAUUUCGACUCGCCGAUGACACCAUUGGAAUUGGAGAUUUACCACCAGAUGAGGAAUGUCAUCGGUAUCGACCCAGCCUUUUACGAAUAUAUCUUCACUAUCGAUGCCGAUACAACCGUUACCCCGGAUUCCCUUAAUCGUUUGGUUGCUUCGGCUGCGGACGAUUCGACUAUCAUUGGUAUAUGUGGUGAGACGAAGCUCGAGAAUGAAGAAGGAUCGUGGUGGACGAUGAUACAAGUUUACGAGUACUACAUCUCGCACCACUUGUCCAAGGCAUUCGAGAGCUUGUUCGGUUCCGUGACUUGUUUGCCCGGUUGUUUCUCCAUGUACCGAAUCCGUACGGCUGACAAGGGUCGACCCAUCAUCAUCUCCAACCGUAUCAUCGAAGAGUACUCGGAGCCCAAUGUCGACACUCUGCACAAGAAGAACUUGCUGUCCCUCGGGGAGGAUCGUUACUUGACGACGCUCAUGUUGAAGCAUUUCCCUACAUUCCGAACCAAGUUCACUCCGGAUGCGGUCGCCCAUACAGUUGCUCCCGAGUCCUGGCGUGUCCUGUUCUCACAACGUCGUCGUUGGAUCAACUCCACAGUCCAUAACCUUUGCGAGUUGGUUUUCUUACCGGAGUUGUUCGGUUUCUGUUGUUUCUCCAUGCGGUUCUUCGUCUUCAUUGACCUGUUGGGUACACUGAUUUUGCCUUCGACGGUCGUUUAUUUGAUCUACCUUGUUGUCGUAGUCUCGCUUCACAAGGCCGCGUUCCCACUCAUUUCCAUCAUCAUGUUGGCGGCAGUUUAUGGCCUACAGGCAUUCAUCUUCCUCAUCAAACGGGAGUUCAUGCUUCUAGGUUGGAUGAUUGUAUACAUUCUUUCAUACCCCGUGUACAGUCUGUUCCUCCCCGUGUACUCGUUCUGGUGCAUGGACGAUUUCAGUUGGGGUAAUACUCGACUUGUUGUCGGUGAAGGCAGCAACAAGAAGAUCAUCAUGAACGAUGAUGAGAAGUUCGACGACUCCAUGAUCCCUAUGAAGAAGUUCAGCGAAUACGAAGCUGAGGCUUGGGAGACUGGCUCUCGUCAUUCCGACGAAACAGGUUACAGCGGCAGCAAGGUUCAAUCUCGUGCUCGUCCUUCGGGCUCUCGUGCAGGCUCUCCACACAGCUUCCAUCAGGCCUCUCAAGCUGGAGACUACUACCGGGAUACGAACCUCACGAACAGGACCGGAUCGAACGCUAAUGUGCCUGUCCGAACUGGCGGAAGCAACAACUCCCACUACACUGGGCAACCGCCGAUGUCGCAGUUCGCUCUUCCUCAGUUACCUUUCAUGCCGUUUGGUGCAGGUCCCGGUUCUGUAGCUGGCUCGGAGUAUGGCGGCCAGAUGCCUAUGAUGCCUCCAAUGGGUUAUCAAAACACUGGUAGCGUGUACGGAAUGAUGCCCAACGCUCCUAGAAACACGGUCAUGACGAACUUGAACAUGUUCGGCGGUGAUUCUCAUGGCUCACAAAGCGGUGGAUUCAAUCCUUUACCUCCAGGUCCCGUAGGAGAUGCACGACCAAUGUCGACAUUCUCAAUGGCGACGUCGGUGAAUCCAUUUGCAGGGCCCAGCAUGAACCCUAAUCCGAGUGACGAGGAACUCACGAGUGCCUUGCGGACGUACUUGAGCACGCAAGAUUUGAUGACUGUGACCAAGAAAACUGCUCGUGAGGCAAUGCAGGCACGUUUCCCCAAGGCGGAUCUCUCGCCGCGAAAGGCGUUCCUCAACGAAGCGAUCGACAACAUUCUUUCUCAAUCAUAGACUAUUCGUACAGACUUUCCUUACGGUACAUUUAUUCUGUCUUUUGCAUGACUUCGUCGUUGAAUGGCUUUCGUAAUUAUGUUGUGGUUUCCGGACUUUGCGUUCAUCUCUUUUCUAUUUCUGCAUGGACAUUCUCUAGCAUCACGAGCAUCAUAGGACUGUAGUUAAUAAUUGCGGACAAUACAGCAUGUUUUUGCAUGAGACUGUCUGAGAUAACGGUUGUCUCUUUGUGUUCUUCUC